AUGGACUUCAAGUUUCAGAAUAUAUUUUUACUUCUUUCUGUGGCAUUUGUGGCAAGCCAUGAAGCUUUACCUUCACAGGAAGAUUACUGGAGAUCUGUGCUGCCUAACUCUUCCAUGCCUAAAGCUGUGAAGGAUCUUCUCCAUCCUGGCAAACCAGUCAACGUUGGAAUCACACCAGAUGCAUUUCCCAUCAUCUAUCACCAUGGAGCUGACGAAAAUCAACUGCGUGAUAAUCAAAAUGUAACCCUGUUCUUUCUGGAAAAGGAUCUUUAUAAAGGAAAUAAUAUGAAAUUGCACUUUUUUAAGAGUGCAUAUGAUCGGGGGAGUUUAUUGCCUCGUCGGGUUGCUGAUUCAAUUCCAUUUUCGUCAGAAAAGUUUCUAGAAAUUCUUAAUAGAUUUUCAGUGAAUCCCAGUUCGAAAAAAGCCAACAUCAUGAAGAAAACAAUUCAAGAAUGCGAAGAGGCAGGGAUAAAAGGAGAAGAAAAAUACUGCGCUACUUCAUUGGAAUCCAUGGUGGAUUUCAGCACCUCCAAGUUGGGACCAAAAGUCGAGGCAGUUUCUUUUGAGACAGAGCAGGAAACUCCAUUGCAGAAGUACAGAAUUGUUAAGGUCAAGAAAAUAUCGGGGGAGAAAGUAGUUGCUUGCCACAAGCAAAGGUAUGCAUAUGUUGUUUUUUACUGCCACAAGACAGAAACCACCAUGGCUUACAAGGUGGCGAUGGUGGGGGACAAUGGCACAAAGGUGGAAGCUGUGGCGGUUUGCCACAAGGAUACGACGGCGUGGAACCCGAAACACUUGGCUUUUCAGGUGCUGAAGGUGAAACCAGGGAAUAUUCCAGUCUGCCAUUUCCUUCCUAUGGAACACAUUGUGUGGGUUCCUAAACACUAG